AGAAGGGAGAAGGUGGGGAGGAAAUGGGAAGUUUUUGUGAUAAUCUAUAGGUAGAUUUUUUUUAGUGUAACAAAUCAAAAUUUUGCCAAAAUUUGAUAAUCUAAGUAUUAUUGAAAUACUCGCGCCUCUGUACUAGAGAAAAUGUUCCAAUCCGAUGCAGUUUAAUCUUUUCCCAUUCCUGAGAUUCCAAUAAUAUGUCCAAAAUUAAGAAACAAAGGCUGUAUAAAUUCUAGGACACCUAUGAACAGAAGGUUGAAGCAUUUAAAAGAAAAGGAAUAAUUGAAUGGGUUUUUUAAGGUUGGUGGCUUGAAAAUUUGAAAUCACACCUUAGCAAAACAAAAAACAGAUACUGCGUUUUAUCACAUGAAAAAUCCAAGUACUUCUGCUAAUGCAUUAAGUACCAUCAUGCACCUUCAAGAUAUGAGCCAGCACACACACACACACACACAAUAUUCCCUCUCAUUACAGUAACAACUUACAAGUGACAACACACACACACAUUAUACAUGAUUGAUUAUACCCUGCUAAUGAGAUAAUCUUUCUCACAUCUCUUUCUCAUCCUAUCCCAAAAGUGGCGUUAGACCAAAAUCUCAUGGAUCCCACAUCAAGAAAACCGAAAGCCAACCGUUCAUCCACCAUCCAAACCAUCUCCCACCGCUUCUCCCAACUCUACACAAACAACAAGAAACUCGUCUCCCACGACUCAUCAUGCAUCACUCUCACCAAUUCCACCAGCCACCACGCCAGAAACGGCGCCGUUUUAGACAAACUCGUGGACAAAAACCAGCUGGUGAAGGAGGAGAAGGAUGCCGGCGAUUUAAACAAGCCGUCAUCCAAAAAACACCCCAAAAUGCAAUCUUUUGACGAGAAAAUGAAGGGGUUUCAAGGAGGAGUUGAAGUUGUGAGGGCCAGAAAUUCUCUCUCAUCAAUCCCUCCAACCGUCAAUGGAGGAGGUAGAAGAAAAUCAUUCUGCACCUCGCAGGCUGAGCUCGCCGAUUUCCUCUCUUGCAACGGCGUCAAAGUUGUGGCCGUUGAUAUGCCGCCGUUCAUGCAAAUUCACGCCGUCAAUUGUGCAAGAAAGGCGCACGAUAGCUUGGAAAUGUUCACUUCCAAGCCUCUAGCUUUCACACUGAAAAAGGAGUUUGAUGGGUUAUAUGGACCUGCUUGGCAUUGCAUAGUAGGGACCAGUUUUGGGUCAUUUGUGACACACUCAGUGGGUGGAUUUAUGUAUUUCUCAAUGGACCAAAACCUAUACAUCUUGCUCUUCAAGACUGCUGUACACAGGGGUAAAUGAAAAUGAUAUCCAAUCUACACAUGGACUAUUAAAUAGCACAACAAAUACUAGCAUUUUUCUGGUGGAUUGUUUUUUUAAGAUUAGUUUAGCAUAGAAGGGGAUAAAAGAUGAGAUUUUUAGUAAGAAAUUUGUUAUCUCUCCCCUGUAAUUUUGUACGUUUAUGAAUGUUUCUGAUUAAAGAAUUUGAAGAUGGUUAUUCCUCAUUCAAUUCACAGCAAAUUUUAUACCUAAAA